AUGGCGCCCGCAAAAUCCAAGGCCCAGAAGAUGUCCAUUGGGACCUUCUUGGCCGACGAGAGCCUCGGCUCUUGGGCUGAUGAGAUGGAGGAUAUGCCUCUUCCAGCUGCGACCACUUCUAUGUCUUCUUUCGGUAGCCGCCCCGCCGGUGGCAUGGGCAUGGGCAUGGGCAGUAGCUAUGAGCGCGGUGGAUAUGCCGUCAGGGAGCCGCUCCCUCUGCCCACCCAGCCUCCGUACACGGUCCACGUUGGAAACCUUUCCUUUGAUGCGACCGAGGCCGACAUCUCUGACCUUUUCGCCGAAUGUGGUGUGACGAGCGUCCGGGUUGUGGAGGACAAGUUGACCAAAGCCCCCAAGGGCUUUGGAUAUGUCGAGUUUGAAACUGUCGACGGACUGAAGAAGGCUCUGGACUUGUCUGGCUCGACUCUCCAAGGCCGUGCCAUCCGCACCAGCAUCGCUGAACCUCCCAAGGAUGCCCGGCCCGAGGGGAGGGACCUGGACUGGUCUCGUCGUGGGCCUCUGCCUGAACUGCCGCAGCGCCGGGUGCCUGACCGUUCGAGCUUUGGGCGCAAUAUGGACGCCGCUUCCGACGCUGGUAGCGACCGCGGUGGCCGUCGCAGCAACUUCGAGUCUGAUGGCAAGCCCCGCGAUUUCGGCAACUGGGAGCGCAAGGGUCCGCUUUCGCCCCCCGCUGGCCCCCCCUCGCGAAGGCGAGGCUCGCCUGCGUGGGGUGAGGGACGUUCGCAGGAGGGUUCGCGGCCCCCGCGCCCCGAGCGGGCCGAGCGGACGCCAACUGCUGCUGAUAUGGAUAACCAGUGGCGCGCCAGAAUGCGCCCCGACCAGGCUAAGGAAGCCAGCAACCCCGAGUCCCCCGCCGCCGCCCAUGCGGCUCCUGCCGCCCCCGCGACACGGCCGAAGCUGAACCUGCAGAAGCGGACUGUCUCUGAUGCCGUGUCCAGCCCUACCGCGGCUGCUGCCGGCGACUCCAAGGCCAGCCCCUUCGGUGCAGCCCGUCCCAUCGAUACCGCUGCCCGUGAAAAGCAGGUGGAGGAGAAGCGCCAACUUGCCAUUCGCCAAAAGAAGGAGGCUGAUGACAAGGCCAAGGCUGAGAAGGCCGAGAAGGCCCGGAUUGCCAAGGAACAGGGCAAGGAAGAGAAGCCCGCGGACUCCAACAAAGAUGCCGUCGAUACCCCUCAGGGUGGAAAGAACUUCGAGAUCCUCCGGCGGGCCGGUGGAGACGACGACGCUGGCAUGACUGCCGACCAGGAAGCAGAGGAGUCGACCCCUGUUCCUGCUGAGGCGCCCAAGGAGCCCGCUGCCAACGGCAAAUGGCGAAAUGCUGCCCCGACCGAGGAGGCUGCUGAGGAUGAUGGAUGGAGCACCGUGAGCGCGAAGCCGCGCAACCCCCGUCGCGGGCAGGCUGGCCGUGGAGUCGCAUAG